AUGGCAGACGGCAAGAAAGCCGCCGGCGUCGAGUCCGAUAAAGUCUGGACGACCCUCAUCACAAACAACGACUACCUCUCCGGCCUCCUAACCCUCGACUUCUCUCUUAAAAAGCACCAAACCGCCUACCCCCUCGUAGCCCUCUACACCGACACCUUCCCCGCUUCUGGUCUCGCCGCCCUCUCCGCGCGCGGCAUCCCCUCCCAACGCAUCGAAUACCUGCUCCCGACCUCGGGCAGCAAAGACUACAGCAACGACCCGCGCUUCUACGACUGCUGGUCGAAGCUAACCCCCUUCAACCUCUCGCAAUACAAGCGCGUCGUGCAGCUCGACUCAGACAUGCUCGUCCUGCGCAACAUGGACGAGCUCAUGGACCUGGAACUCGACGACCCCGCCGUCGUGGAAAAGGGCGAGGGGAAACGCGUUUUCGCGGCCGGACACGCCUGUGUCUGCAACCCGCUCAAGAAACCCCAUUACCCCAAGGACUGGAUCCCGCAGAAUUGCGCCUUCACGUUCCAGCACUCCACCCCCGAAGAAGCGCAGACUAAGGCUGCGGACCCGAGCGUGGGACCCUUGGGUUUCAUGAACGGCGGUUUGCAGGUCGUGAACCCGAGCAAGGCCGUCUUUAAGCAGAUUGUAGAGUACAUGGACCAGAAUGCCGUGGACAUGGAUUUCGCCGACCAGAGCCUGCUGUCGGACUUGUAUCGGGGCCGCUGGGUCGCGCUGCCGUAUAUUUAUAAUGCGCUCAAGACUCUGCGGUGGCCGGGCGUUCACGAGCCGAUUUGGCGUGAUGAUAGUGUCAAGAAUGUGCAUUACAUUUUGGCGCCGAAGCCAUGGGAUGAGGUGGAUGCCGAGGGGAGUUAUAACGGGACGGAUGAGACGCAUAAGUGGUGGGUGAAGGUGAACAAGGAGAGGUUGGCGUCAGAGAAAGAGAAGGGAAUUCCUGCUGAUGGGUUCUAA